AAGAGAGACCCAAUCAAUAGAACGGAAAAGCUUGAUCAUAAAAAUGGGUUUUAAGUUGGGUUUUAAAAACAUCAAUAGAAUCCAGUGAACGUAAAAAUUGAGGGAGUUCAUUCCAUAGUCUGGGUGCCACUGCUUUAAAAGACCGAUCUCCUCUGGUUUUAAGACGUGUCCGGGGAACCAUCAGUAAGUUCUGCCCGGAGGAUCUCAGCCUUUGGGAGGGGGUAUAGGGCUGGAUGAGGUCUGCAAUAUAAGGUGGGGCUUGUCCAUGAAGGGCUCUGAAGGUCAGGACUAAGAUUUUAAAAUGAAUUCUAAAAGGGACCGGGAGCCAGUGAAGAGACUUUAAAAUGGGAGUGAUGUGUGUUCUUCUGUUUGUGCGGGUCAGAAGCCGAGCAGCGGAGUUCUGAACCAUCUGGAGGCGAUUCAGUUCCUUUUUGUUCAGACAGGUGAAGAGGCUGUUACAGUAGUCUAAACGUGAGGACACAAAGGCGUGGAUUAUCAUUUCUAGUUCCCGUUUAGAGACCAUGGGUUUGAGCUAGCUGCUAGCUUUUUUGACUAAUUUGAUAUCUCCUGAGAUUUAUUUUAUGCUAGUUUAGAGUUUAGCUAAUAAUUUAGCAUCAUGCUAACGUUUUGGGCUAAAUCUAUAUCCACUGAGGUUUUUUUAUGCUAGUUUAGAGUUUAGCCAAAUAUUUAGCAUCAUGCUAACGUUUUGUGCUAAUUUGAUAUCUACUGAGGUUUUUAUAUGCUUAUUUAGAGGUUAGAGUUUCUAUUUUAGCAACAGGCAAACAUUUAGUUUACAGGGGAAUGUCAAGCAACAAGCUAGCUUUUUUGGCUAAUUUGCGUCUACUGAAGUUUUUUGGGCGAACCUUGAGUUUAGCUCAUAUUUAAGCAACACACUAAAUAUUUUAGAGAAAAUUGGCAUGUAUUAGGGAUUUUUAAGCAUUUUAAUACAAAGUUUUCAGAAAUUUGGGGACAACUUCAUCACUUCUUCAUAGUUCUUUAACAAAAUUUCCAGUCUUUUAGCAAAUUUAACAUUUUGCAUUUUCAGCAAAAAACAUACACACUAGCAUUAUCACAGUUAAUGCAACUUUCCUAGUCUAAUAGUCCUGGUGAUUCCCAUCACCCAGAUUACCUUGAUUAUAUUUUAGCCACUUAUGAUGUUUAAGAGAUUACAUUUUUGGAGUUUUGAGUGUAAUUACUUAACAAACAAAAGAUUAAAGUGGAUAGAAAACUAUCUUCCAAACGAAAGACUCAUCUGACAGAAAAGAGGCGGACGAACACAAAAAAUAAAACUACAGCAAUGAAAGGAGAUUGACAUCAAACAUCUGUUAUAGGACAGGAAAUAUAAGUGUGUAAUCCUAGCAGUGAGGCAAUAAAAAACAAUCAUGUAGUAACACUUUAUUUGUGUUUAAGUGUCACUGGUGUUAAAAUGGUAGCCCUAAUAUAAAAAAAAAAAUCACCCAUUUUCAGGCGUUAAAAUGGGUGAAUUUACCCAAAUCUGACAUGUUAAAAAAUAUAUAUAGUUUAGAAUUGUUUAAAAUCUGCAGUUUUUGUCAACUCAUAUGUUUAUUUCAUAGAAUACACAGUCAAAUCUGUCCAGGAGCCUGUAAAAGCAACUUCUGCACCAAAAGGAAAAUGACAGUAUAAUACUGUCCACACUUUAGCAUAAUGUAAGCAGAUUAGUGUCUGUCAGUUUAAAGGAUUUUGAAUAGAUGUGACCAAAUAAACUUUUCCAAAACAUGAAAAACUUUCAAACUUUACCUUUAGCAAACAAAAAGGGUUUCACCAUUCAGAGAUAUGAGGAAGUGAAACUCGAAGCAAACUAUUUGUGCUAAAAUGACCCAACAUGGUAGGUAUGUGCAACCAUGACUUUGCAUCAGCUUUGAGACAAAGGAUACAAAAUUUACAGAACAUUAAUGUAUUUUCUGCGCACUUUGAGUGGAUGUAAGAAGGUUUUUGAACACCAGAUCUACAAUGGGUGAGUAGAAACCUUUCAUUUCUUGGACUAUCAUCUUAUUCUCCAGGUGAAUGCAGAGAAAGUCCGGCCUUUUGCUCACCCAACCUGUCACAGUUUCAGGCGUCCAUCGCUCAGAAGGGAAAAACCAUCUUAAUAGCAGUUUGAGUCAAAGAUUGUGCCAGAUUAUUUCUUAUUCUAGGGGGUUAAAAUAAAAAUCAACUAGUUGUUAGGGGGAAAUAACAUUUUUUUUUGUGCCCCGAACGUCUAACCUUUAAAAUACAACGCUUACUUUGAUGUAGACCUUUUUUUUUUAAAGGAAACAAUGUCUAUUUUGACUGUUCAGGCUAUGGAAUUUAGGAUCUGGGAAUUGCCAUCCAAAUGAGGCAGGUAUAUGGGAUGUUUGUCGGUUUACGUGUGGGUGUCUGAUUCCUUGUUUGCCUGGAUCCCCCGCAGAAUUUCGCCUCGAAGGCUGAGGGCAAGCCCCCGCCUCACAGAACUCCCACACUUCUAAUCUCUAUAUCACAGGGCUUUAUUAGAAAGUGACAGCUUAUCUGAUGGCAAAAUUUGACAGGCAAAUUAGAAUAGAGGAAAUGCCAUUGAGCACUCCACGCUGUAAGGCCAGUUUCUUUCUCACCUUCAAAGGUGCCAUCGUGGGGGGUUGAUGGUGUUGAUGACGUGGCGCUUUUAGCAACAAUAUAAAAUUAGGCUCAGCAGACAGCCACAGCAUGCAUCAUCGCCGGACUUCUGCUCUUUGCCUUCCAGCCAUCUUUUCAGAGUAACUCGCCAUAAUGAUGAUUUUGUCAGUGUGGACACUUGGACUCCUCCUAGUCACCUUCGGAGGAGCACAUGGACACACAAACUUUCCUGCAAACUUUGUGGUGGCCAAAAGGAAUGAUCCUCAUCCAGUCACACUGACCUGCAACACACAGACAGAGGAAGGCGUCUCUUGGAGGUUAGACGGGGAAGAGGUAGAGUUGGACAACUAUGUUCAGAUGGAGGGGCCAAAUCUCAAAAUAUCUGAAGUAGAUGCCCCCAUGCUGGGGGAAUACAGCUGCUGGAGAGGGGGAACGAUGCUCUCGUCUACUUAUCUGUUCCAAGAACUGGAGGAGGACGUGGCAUUAGAUUCUUUGCUGAAUUGUCGAGCAAAAUCCUACGAUUGUAAUUUCACGUGCAGCUGGAGGGACAGUAGAUUUACAGCAGUACGACUUGGACUUGGACACGACUGCAGUGAAGGUCAGCGUUCGUGUCGGUGGGAAACCAGCGGCGGCGGCCAUGUUGGGGAACUCCAGUUUGUUCUGCCUCAUUCGCUGUCCCCUUAUGCUGAGGAAAGUACCACGCUGGAGCUGACGGCUGAGGCCAUCAACACGUUUUACAUCCUCCGCCGGACCAAGACGUUCUACCUCAGAGACAUCAUUCAGCCGGACAGUCCUCAGAUAGUCCGGUGUCAGGAGGUCGGCCAUGAGUUAAACGUGACCCUUGACCCUCCGCCCAGCUGGUCCACGCCUCACAGCUUCUUCAGUCUGGAGUACGAGAUUGAAUAUGAAAUGAAAGAUGAUGGCAAGAUUGAGAGCUCGUUCUCUACUCUGAUACCAAAGAAGAUCAGCAAGCUGAGGGUUCGCUCCAGGGACUCGCUGGUGCUCUCAGCCUGGAGUCAGUGGACUGCAUGGCAAAAUGUCAGAAAAGGGAAAAAGAAUCGAUACAGAUGCAAAAAGGGACGACAUGGUGACCGUCAAGACUCGACGCCCAGGUCCUCGGACCGCCUGAAGACGAAACGGAGGCAUAAAAAAACAGGAAAGCAGUCGAAGAGUCGCUUGAUUUAAACUGAACAUUUGUGUUUAUGUUCUCCCACUAUAUGAAUCAAAGAUGGACGGCACAUAAAGUAAAUAAAAAUUCAUGAAGUUUUGAUUCUGGAAGCAAAAGUAUUUAAUUUUCAGUUCACUUUCAAACUAAUUCAUGACAGAACUUUGCAAAUAAUUUACUGAUUUCGCCAUUUUGUAAGAGACUUGAUGAUAUUUUUUUGCUUUUAUUGACUUUGCACUGUAAACACUCUUUUUAUUUUUUUUUUAAUAAUGUUAAUAUUUUUAUUUUUGCCGUGAAAACAUCAGUUUUUGAAAGUCACUCGUUAUUGUGGUUAUAUAGGAUUAUUUUAAUAGAAAACAACUUUCUAGCAUCCGAUUUUAAAUUAUAAAAAUGUAUUUUUUAUAGCUGUGGAUACUAUAAGAUUAUGUAAAGCUAUUCUUAAAAAAUAAAUAAAUAAUGAAUGAAUCUCCUC